UUGGCCGUAGUAGACCGUGUUUCCUUCUUCUGUACAGCACUUGGUUAUAAAAGUGGUUUUAACUCGCCCUAAGGAUGGGUCAGAGGUGCAUUCUGACCUUGUCUGGUUUCUUAUACUUGUGUCUGAUCUUCAUUGUCUUUUCGGAUCUAUCUUUGACCUUUCGUCCAAAUGAAGAGGGUUUUACAAAGCAAGGUUGCGUGACAACAAAACUCUUCGGGCUUUCUAGACUUCCCUUCACUCUGCCCUUCAGCUUUGCCGUUUUCCCUUCACACGACUUCUACCUGUUCGCGGCCCGUGUCAUCGCCAGGGACGCGUUGCUGUACGACCUCCACGUCUGGACCAAAGGCGACGCUACCAGAGCUUUUCUCAAGGACCAACACGGAGCUGUCCUCCUCAAUGAGAAUGGGUUGCCAGUCGUUCGACGAUCCUUGCAAAUUUACCUCCUGGAAGAUACGUUGGGUUUUGUCUUCGAUGCCUUCGAAGAUGAGGAAAAGGAGUCUGCCGCGAGCGGGAAGGAUUUUAUUUCUGACGAUAAACAAGCUUCUGCUGUCUCGGGGCAAAAUCCUGAAGCCAAAGCAACGCCGGUUUCACCAAGGCAGCCGUUACCUAAAAGAAACAAGUCCAUCGAGGCGAAGAUAAUCAAGUUUUCUCUGCCAGAGAUAGACCUUACAGACAUCAGCCGUGUAGACCUGCACAACUGGGGUGCACCCAUGAAACUUUGUGUGUACAAAGGCAUCACAAGUGUCACUGCUUCAACAGACUUGCCUGCACACUCGUCUAGCAUAAAAAUUCAACAAGCAAAUCUCCGUUGUUUAAAUACUUCCAUUGAAGAGAUAAAUGAAGAGGAAAAGAAUGAAGGAGGGAAUUCUGACACCCAAACUGACGUGAUAAAGAUUUCGAUGCUGAUACUGUUGUCUGCCAUCAUGUUGCUGACCUUCUCCUCAUUCUACGUGAAAGCGAUGAGCAAACUGAUGCAGUGUGAUGAGGAGCAAGACUAUGCAGAUCAUUCUCUGGUCAUUUGCAUGGGAGACUGUGGAGAGCGUGGACGCCGAGGCUCUGGCCGAAGCUCAACCCAGGAAGCUUUGAGAGGGCGAGCUUCCCCGGCCAAUGGUCACGAGUCCCAGCAGAGCACACAAAAUGCAGGGGACAAACAUGCGCAGUCGUGACGUCAUAGUUGUGUACGGCAGCAAAUGGGCAAAGAAAAAGGUUUCCGAAGGGAGAGGCACUUUUCCGCCAAAUUCCGGACGAAUUUGAGUAUAAUAGAUUCUUAAGACCCUCCAACACUAGCACUCUUUCCAUAUUUUUUUUUACUUUUCUGAGACGAAAAUUCUUCCUUGAAAAACGGCCUACUUUCCCGCUGCUAUUUUGUAGACGAGGCUGUCUGAGAAAAUCUUUUCAAAAUGUUCUACUUAUACUUUUAUUUCUAAAGAAAGUGUAAUGCAGUACCCAUGCCUGUGGAAUCUACAGAGCUGAGGAGAUGACCCUGAUGGGAAAAGUGGUCGUGUGAUGAAAUCUAUUGUGGCUUCUGCCCUUUUCCGGGAGACAUCAGCGCGAGUCGGUGUCCGCUUUGAGCAAAAUGCGGUAAUCUCGUUUUCUCUUGAUCUUGAUUCCUGGAAUAUGUAAGCGAAGUCACAUGAUAAAUCUCUGCUAACGUACAUGUGAUUGCAAUAUGCCAGAUUUUGAUGCUCAUCAACCUGUUUCAAGCACACAGUGGCUGAUAGUGUAUGAUGUCUGUGAUCAGAUUUAAGAUAUUAAAAGCUUUG